CUCUUUUGUAGCAAUCGGUGAGCAUGUCACCAAUGCCAAGUCCAGCCAAAUCAUCUGAUAGCUCUUCAUCAACGCGACAACAUCAGCAUGAAACACGGGAACGUGAUCGAAGUGAUAGAGAGCGUGAACGUGAGCGCAACGAACGGGAACGAGAAAGAGAAAGGGAACGGGAACGUGAGCGCAAUGAACGGGAGCGAGAGAGAGAAAUCGAGCGAGAACAGCGUGAGAGUCGUGAACGACAGACAUCUACUUCAAGCCAACAUGAACAGGAGCACCCAAAUCAAGAAAUGGAUCUUGAGGAUUUGAUCGCACCAUCAAAAGUGUCAAAGAAUGGUGGUCAAUCGACUCCAUCGACGCCAGUCAGUACAACGGCUCCAUCAAAUAACACGUCGCGUGACAGUGAGGCAUCGCUGAAUGCGGAAAAAGGGGACAAAGAUGAAACAAAAGGCAGUGACUCAAAAGGAUCGGAUCAGCAAGAAGAGAAUGUUGGUCGUGGUGGACGACGAACACGUAGCAAACGACCGCGAUCAGGUGAAGACUUCCAAGAGCUAGUGUUGCCAGAACGUAAACGAGAACUGCGUUCAUCAGCAAUUAGCUAAUUCUAUUAGAUGAUAAUCAGCACACAUACACAAAUAAGUAACACAUAAGUCAAAGUCUAGGCAUAUAAAAACGAUAAAAACUUCUUUUUUAC